AUGGAUAAUUCCAGCUCCGCCGAGUCACAAUGGUUAACUCAACUAGCAGCCAUGCGCCAGGCCAUUGCUGACUUGAAACUCCCGAAAGACACCACCCAAGUCCACCUUGGUUAUGGCAGUGACUUGGAACUUGACCUGGACGAAGAGUAUUCUUCUCCUGCGAUGGUUGAUGAUAUCUGGGAUGUCAUCAGCUCCGACGACGAAUCUAGUGAAAACCUCGACGAGAUCAACGGUUUACCCUCUUCGAAAACGCCCUACAAUCAAACCUGGCUGGAGCAGAGAUGCCAGAAUACUGCGAUUCAGAAACCUGGUAUAGGUGCAAUGGAAUUGUCUCAGAAGAUUACAGCAGCUCUAGCUACAGACAGUGGCGAUGACGAGCUACAGAUGUCACUUGCUGAAAUCGUGGGAUUCGACGACUUGGAAUUCGUGAUUGAGCUGAUCGCGCACCGGGCAGAUAUUCUGUCGAGUAUGAGGAACUCUGUAGAGGAUCAAACAGAUGGGCUUAUGUCGGUAAGGUUGCAGACAAGGGCAGAGCGGGAACAUGCUCUACGGCAGCAGGAUUUUGAACAUAAGCAUGCCUCACUGUUACCGGCGCAAACAAAGAGUGAACCCCAUUAUCCUCAUGUCUUUAAGUCCCAUGAUUCGAGAAAUGUUCUUGCUCUGGGUGGGAAGAAAUAUGGCCUGCCAUUUGGCAGUAAGCAAAUCGAGGAGCAGCGGUACACUGAAUGUGAGAUUCCAGCAUCAAAAGUAGGCUCACUGGCAGGUACCCAGAAGCUUGUAAAAAUAUCUUCUCUGGACGGACUCUGUCAGGGAACCUUCAAGGGCUACAAAACUUUGAAUCGCAUGCAGAGCUUACUGUAUGAAGUGGCUUAUAAGACUAAUGAGAAUAUGUUGAUCUGUGCUCCUACUGGUGCUGGUAAAACAGAUGCUGCCAUGUUGACAAUCCUAAAUGCCGUUGGAAAGAACACUAUUCCAAACCCAAUUGAGCAACCACAGGCGACCGAGUUUGCAGUGCAAGUGGAAAAUUUCAAGAUUGUUUAUGUGGCACCCAUGAAGGCCUUAGCUGCUGAAGUCACUGAGAAGCUGGGAAAACGCCUUGCAUGGCUGGGAAUCCAGGUUCGCGAAUUGACUGGUGACAUGCAACUGACAAAGCGGGAAAUCGUCGAAACUCAGAUUAUUGUCACCACUCCUGAGAAAUGGGAUGUUGUGACCAGGAAAAGCACUGGAGAUACCGAGCUCGUCCAAAAAGUGCGCCUGCUAAUUAUUGACGAGGUCCAUAUGCUCCAUGAUGAGCGUGGUGCGGUCAUCGAAUCUUUGGUGGCCCGAACCCAGCGUCAGGUCGAAAGCACACAGUCACUCAUCCGUAUAGUUGGUCUUUCUGCGACUUUGCCAAAUUAUACUGAUGUCGCGGACUUCCUCAAGGUCAACAAGAUGGCUGGGUUGUUUUAUUUCGACAGCUCUUUCAGACCGGUUCCUCUCGAACAACAUUUCGUCGGAGUCAAGGGGAAACCCGGUAGCAAGCAAUCUCGCGAAAACCUUGAUAUUGUAUCCUAUGAGAAAGACCAUGAGAACUAUUCGAACGCACUGAAGGACAUGAAACAUGCUCGUGCCCGCGAGUUAAGGGACUUAUUUGCCAGCGGCUUUGGAACCCAUCAUGCUGGAAUGAGUCGAAGCGACCGUAAUCUAAUGGAACCUACACUAGCUUGGGGAGUUAACCUUCCUGCUGCCGCUGUAGUCAUCAAGGGCACCCAGCUUUAUAAUCCCCAGGAGGGUAAGUUUGUCGACCUCGGUAUACUCGACGUACUGCAGAUAUUCGGUCGUGCUGGUCGCCCGCAAUUCCAAGAUACGGGUAUCGGUUUUAUAUGCACCACGCACGAUAAGUUUCACCACUACCUUUCUGCGGUGACGUCACAACAACCAAUUGAAUCUCGGUUUUCGAGCAGACUUGUGGACAAUUUAAAUGCGGAGAUUUCUCUUGGUACUGUUACAUCGGUGGCGGAAGCAGUGCAAUGGCUAGGUUAUUCGUAUCUUUUUGUGCGCAUGAAACGCGAACCACGAAAUUAUGGCAUCGAGUAUGCUGAGAUACGUGAUGACCCUAUGCUGGUCCAACGACGCCGUCAGUUGAUCAUUCAAGCUGCCUUAGUUCUACAAAAGUGUCAGAUGAUCAUAUACAACGAAAGGACAGAGGAGCUUCGUGCAAAAGAUGUUGGACGUAUUGCGAGCCAGUACUAUGUUUUGCAGACAAGUGUUGAGAUUUUCAAUGAGAUGAUGCGUCCGCGAUCUGGAGACGCAGAUGUACUCAAAAUGAUAAGCAUGAGUGGCGAGUUUGAUAAUAUCCAGUCACGAGACAGUGAGUCGAAGGAGCUGGACAGGCUACGUGAGGAAGCAGUACAGACAGAAGUAGAAGGGGGCAAUGAUUCUCCUCAAGCCAAAACCAAUAUUUUACUUCAGUCGUACAUCUCGCGUGCUAAGAUUGAGGAUUUCGCACUGGUUUCCGAUACAGGCUAUGUGGCGCAGAACGCAGCUCGCAUCUGUCGUGCUCUAUUCAUGAUUGCCCUGAAUCGUCGUUGGGGCUACCAGUGUGAGGUGCUCUUGUCACUUUGCAAGUCUAUCGAAAAACAAAUCUGGCCCUUCGACCACCCUUUUCACCAGUUCGAUUUGCCUCAACCUAUUCUUAAGAACCUGGAUGAAAAAUUGCCAUCUUCAUCUAUUGAGUCUAUGAGAGACAUGGAAACUGCAGAGAUUGGACAGCUGGUUCAUAAUAAUCGGAUGGGAAAGACGUUGGCAAAACUACUGGACAACUUCCCUACUCUCAGCGUGGAAGCAGAAAUAGCACCACUGAACCGCGAUGUCAUGCGUAUUCGCCUAUGCAUCUACCCUGAAUUCACCUGGAACGACAGGCAUCACGGGGCUUCGGAAUCAUACUGGAUCUGGGUAGAAAAUUCGGAAACUUCUGAAAUCUAUCACCAUGAAUAUUUCAUCCUCAGCCGGAAGAAGCUUCAUGAUGAUCAUGAGCUGACCUUUACCAUCCCACUCUCAGAUCCAUUGCCGAGUCAGAUCUAUGUUCGUGCGAUCUCUGACCGGUGGCUUGGUGCAGAGACUGUAACUCCGGUAUCAUUUCAGCAUCUGAUCCGCCCUGAUACAGAAAGUACAUACACAGACCUGCUUAAUCUCCAACCUCUGCCUGUGUCUGCCCUCAACAAUCCGAUUCUUGAAGAGCUGUAUACGCAACGCUUCCAGUUUUUUAAUCCGAUGCAAACCCAGAUCUUCCACUUACUCUAUCACACGCCAGCAAAUAUUUUGCUAGGGUCGCCAACAGGAAGUGGAAAGACAGUAGCUGCAGAAUUAGCUAUGUGGUGGGCUUUCAGAGAGAAACCUGGAUCGAAAGUUGUCUAUAUCGCACCCAUGAAAGCACUUGUUCGUGAACGGGUUCAGGACUGGAAGAAACGCCUUACUGGGCCAAUGGGUCUUAGGUUGGUUGAGUUGACUGGUGAUAACACUCCUGACACGAGGACAAUCCGAGAUGCUGAUAUUAUCGUCACAACUCCUGAAAAAUGGGAUGGUAUUUCCCGUAGCUGGCAGACCAGAGACUAUGUGCGCAAAGUGAGCUUGGUCAUCAUUGACGAAAUCCAUUUGUUAGGCGGUGAUCGAGGCCCCAUUCUCGAAAUAAUUGUUUCCCGGAUGAAUUACAUUGCCUCACAAUCCAAGGGUGCUGUCCGGCUAAUGGGCAUGUCUACUGCUUGUGCAAAUGCUUCUGAUCUCGCCAAUUGGCUGGGUGUUAAGGAGGGAUUGUUCAACUUCCGACACUCAGUUCGCCCCGUGCCUCUUGAGAUUUACAUUGAUGGUUUCCCUGAACAACGUGGAUUUUGCCCUCUCAUGCAAUCGAUGAACCGACCAACUUUCCUUGCGAUCAAAAACCACUCCCCAGAGAAACCUGUGAUUGUAUUCGUCGCCUCUCGCAGGCAAACACGCUUAACUGCCAAAGAUCUAAUUAAUUAUUGCGGAAUGGAAGACAACCCUCGUCGAUUCGUUCGCAUGUCUGAAGAAGACCUGCAGUUGAACCUCACACGAGUAAAGGACGAGGCUUUGAGAGAAGCACUUAGUUUCGGCAUUGGCUUGCAUCACGCCGGUUUGGUGGAGUCUGACCGACAGCUAGCUGAAGAACUGUUCGCAAACAACAAGAUACAAAUUCUUGUGGCGACAAGCACGCUCGCAUGGGGUGUCAACCUUCCGGCACACCUUGUUGUGGUUAAAGGAACACAGUUUUUCGACGCUAAGAUUGAAGGGUAUCGAGAUAUGGAUCUAACCGAUGUCUUGCAGAUGUUAGGUCGUGCAGGUCGUCCACAGUUCGACACCUCCGGUAUAGCACGUAUCUUUACCCAGGAUUCAAAGAAAGCGUUUUACAAGCACUUCUUGCACACAGGAUUUCCGGUGGAAUCUACCCUACACAAGGUUCUCGAUAACCACUUGGGUGCUGAGGUAUCAGCGGGUACUAUCACAGCAAAACAGGAUGCUCUGGACUAUUUGACAUGGACAUUUUUCUUUCGCCGACUGCAUAAAAACCCUUCAUACUAUGGUCUAGAGAUAUCAGCAGAAGAGCACAACACUAUUGCUGCUCAAACAAUAGCCCAAGAUUUUAUGAUCGAACUAGUGGACAAAUCACUUGGUGAAUUGGCGGAGUCAUCCUGCAUUUUAUUUGAUUCUGCAACGGGCGAAGUCGACCCAACUCCAUUCGGCAAGAUUAUGAGUUACUACUACCUAUCACACAAAACAAUCCGAUACCUGAUGAUAAAUGCGAAGCCAAAUCCGUCCUUCCAAGAUACACUGAGCUGGAUGUGUUCUGCUACUGAAUUCGACGAGUUACCCGUUCGACACAACGAAGAUCUCAUCAAUGGAGAACUGGCCCGCAACUUGCCAUUAUCGGUAGAAUCAAUGGGUAACCUUCCACUGUGGGAUCCUCAUGUAAAAGCCUUCCUCCUCCUUCAAGCUUACAUGUCAAGAAUCGAUCUUCCGAUAUCCGAUUAUGUGGGUGAUCAAACCUCUGUUUUGGACCAGGGUAUCCGUAUAUUGCAAGCUUCUAUCGAUGUUAUGGCCGAGAUGGGAUAUCUCAACGCCUGCCAGACGCUCAUGUCCCUUCUUCAAUGCAUCAAAUCAGCCAGAUGGCCUGAUGAUCUUCCUUUGUCGAUUCUCCCCGGCGUCAGUCUCGAAGACAAGCCAUCAGUGUUACCAGAUUCGCUUGUCGACCUUUCAUCCCAGUCCGCAGCAUCUGUGUCGUCUCUCACCAGGAAAUUACAACUUCCUUCGUCUGCGGCUGCUCAAUUCACCAAAGCUACGUCUUAUCUUCCACAUCUCUCUGUGUCUAUCUCCACUGUCUCCUCUACCGGUAUUACUGUGUCUUUGACCCGGCGCAACGACCCAACAAACCCUGACUACAGAAUCUAUGCUCCUCGAUUCCCCAAACCUCAGACGGAAGGCUUCUUCCUGAUUGUCUGCACUGCUACCCCCGAAGGCAAAGAUGGUGAACUACUUGCCCUGAAGCGUGUUUCAUGGCCGUCGCCUUCUAGGCAAAACGGUUAUAACCGCGCCAUCGCCGGUUCAAGCAAACAUCCUACCGACAAGAAGAAUCAAGCACGUGGUCCUCUAACAGUUCGCUCAUCGGUGAAGUUUCCGGACAGUUUGCUUGCGCAGUAUGCUUCCGGAAUGGGUGGAAAGGCAGUCAAUAUUAGGGUUAUUAGUGAUUCAUAUCCUGGGAUGGAAUGGGCUUUAUCCAAUGUGGAUGUGGACUUGGGGCCUGAGAAGCAGACUGUGGUGGAGUCAUCAAGUUUUCCUGCGAAGGAUUGA